CUAUGACAGGCAUGGUUGACUCGUGAACACGAUAAAAUUAUACACAUUAGAUCGGAUUUCUUGCUACAAUCUGCUGGAGAAACUCCACUCACAUUUAGUUGUCGAAGACAUAAGUAGUAACGAUGAAGACAGCGUUUCUGGUGUUCCUUGUGGCGGUCGUCGUGCCUAGCCAUGGAUGGGGCCUCGUGACUGGUGGUCAUAUUCAAAGGACCGCUGACAAUUAUAUAGACAGCACCAAGUGGUCCAAAGCCUCAACACACAGAACCGGGGCAAAGACCAACAAGUGUAACAUCUUCGUCGCGGAAGUCUUGGAGGAGGCGGGAGGCAAGGUUCCCCACAGGCACUGGUUGACAUGGAGCCCCAUCGGAGCUGGAGAGUGGAGAAAUUCAAACUCAGAAUAUUUGACAAGUGAUUCUUGCUGGACUCACGUGACCUCGGCACAAGUUGGUGACGUCAUCGGUAAUGGUGAGCACGUUGGCAUUGUAACGGGUAGCAAGCUCACCACAAGUGCACGUUUUGAUAAAGUUGUGAAGAACGAUUUUGGAUUUCGAAUUCCCAAGGAUACAAUGACCCUGUGGCGUUUUACAUGCUGAGAUACAGGACUUUCAUAAAUGAUAUCUCCAAUAAAUAAAAAUAGCGAUCUAUUUCUUAU